GGCUCCUCCCUCCUUCUGUUGAGUACUCGAAGAAGAACCGCAAAUAUAUUAAUGGAAGAAGAGAUUGUAAACUUGAUAGUUGUGGGGGUGAUUUCAUGGUCGGUGGCUUUUCUUUUAGUGAGGAAAAUCCUCUCCAAACGCUCCUUCGAGUUCUGCAAUCGUAUUGUCUCCUCAAUCCAUGCAACUUUGGCUGUAACCUUAGCUUCUCUCACUGUUGAAGAUUGGAGCUGCCCCGUUUGUCCCCUGGCUUCCAAAUCUUCUCCCAGACAGAGGCAAACAUUGGCGAUUACAGUCUCUUAUCUCAUCUAUGAUCUGAUAUGUUGCGCCUUCGACAAACGAGUAAAUCUUGACAACACAAUUCAUCAUUUGGUCAGCAUAAUUGGUAUCGGAGCAGGCCUUGUUUAUGAAAAGUGUGGAUCAGAGCAGGUGGCGGCUCUGUUAAUAACAGAGAUCUCAAGCCCUUUCCUGCACUUGAGGGAGCUUCUUAAAGAGCUUGGAUACAGAGACACUGACCUAAAUUUAGCUGCAGAUAUCACAUUUGCUAUAAUAUUCUCUGUUGCAAGAAUGGUAGGUGGGCCUUAUCUCACUUACGUGACUCUAACUGCUGAAAAUCCACUCCUAAUCAAGGCAAUGGCUGUGGGAUUACAAUUGGUGAGUGCUUUCUGGUUCUACAAGAUUGCCAGGAUGGUGACAUACAAGCUGACAAAAAGAACCUCAUCGAAACGGGUUGUUUCGAUCCCUCUACCUAGAGAAAAACUGAAUUAAGUUUGGCAGGGGAAGAUAAAGUUAGAAGAAUGAAUAUAGCUGCAAUCAUUAUCGAUCUGGUAACCCAGUUGUAUUGAAUAUUGACAUUUCAGGUGGUCGGGGACAAGGAUUGAAUGCAAUGGUAUGAUGGAGUUCGUUUCUAUCGUGGAACUGCUAAUUUCUUGUAAAGAAUGCAUCUGCGCGCCCUUCAAUCUUAAUUUCUUGCCUUUUUUUUUAGUUAUCUUCCCCUCAUAACAAAAUAUAUUAUUCCUUAGGAGAAAAUAAUUUUACAGUCAAGUU